CGGGGAGUUGUUACAAAGGAUGCCACCAGUCAGAGGAAAACCAUCACUAAAUCAAAACCAUUUAGAUUCACCGUUUGGCUCGAAAGAGAAAUGUUUUUUUUAAAGAUAACUUACUCUUAAGUUCUCUUUAUGGCGUUUCAAAAUGACAGAGCUUAACUUGAGGAACGAAAGCAACUAUCGGAUCUAUUUUGCUGAAACUUUCAAUGGAUCUCUUGUGGAUCAAAUACUUCCAAACGACAGCAUCACGCCAUGUCCGAACUUCACAAUGGACUCAAAGGUCGUCGGGGUUGGCGUCUUUCUUGCCGUUUUUAUUUCGGUGGCAAUUGUUGGCAACAUUUUGGUUAUCCUGUCUGUUGUUUGCAAUAAACAUUUGCAGACUGUCACAAACUUCUUCAUUGUCAACUUAGCCAUGGCGGAUCUGCUUUUGAGCAUUAUUGUGCUGCCUUUUUCAGCAUCUCUGGAGGUUCUGGGAUGCUGGGUGUUUGGCCGGGUUUUCUGUAACAUCUGGGCAGCGGUGGAUGUGCUCUGCUGCACCGCAUCCAUCCUCAGCCUCUGCGUCAUCUCCAUCGACCGGUACAUAGGUGUUAAACACUGCCUGAAAUACCCCACUAUAAUGACAGAGAAGAAAGCAGUGGUUGUUUUAGUUUUAGUUUGGGUAUCAUCCACUGUCAUCUCUGUAGGACCACUCCUCGGAUGGAAGGAACCGCCGCCUGUGGACGAGAGAAUCUGCAAAAUCACAGAGGAGCCGGGCUACGCGCUCUUUUCAUCACUCUUUUCCUUCUACCUUCCGCUCAUGGUCAUUCUCAUCAUGUAUUUUCGGGUCUACGUGGUGGCCCGUAGGACUACUAAAAGUCUGGAAGCGGGCGUCAAACGAGAGAGAAAUAAGUCGAUCGAAGUGGUCCUCCGGAUACACUGUCGCAGCGUGCUGGAGGACGCACGCCCGAGCAGUUCAAAAAGCAACAAAAAUCACCCGUUCCGGAGUUCGCUCUCUGUGCGGCUGAUGAAGUUCUCCAGGGAGAAGAAGGCUGCUAAAACCCUCGCUAUCGUGGUGGGGAUGUUCACCCUAUGUUGGAUGCCCUUUUUUUUCUUCCUGCCGAUGGGUGCCUUUUUCCCAGCACUGAAGCCAUCGGAAACGGUUUUCAAGGUGGUCUUCUGGCUGGGCUACUUCAACAGCUGCAUCAACCCCAUGAUCUACCCCUGCUCCAGCAAAGAGUUCCAGCGGGCGUUCACUCGGAUCCUCAGGUGCCAGUGUCACCAAAGAAAGAGGGUCCUGCGUCGCUUCUAUGACCAGAGGUGGCGGACGGCUGUCAAGGGAAUGACAAGAGAUCAGAGGGGAGAGCGUAAGAUUGGCUUCCCUGUGAACGAAUCCUGUGGCAGCUCUUUGUUACACAAGGGGAAAGGGCGUUCGCCAGGUUUCAAGAGAUGGAGUCUGUUUCCACCACUGCAAAAAUCCUCAUUCCAGCUCAAAGAGAAAGUGAACAACCUGUCAAAUAAAAUCAAGGGAGGGCCAGGAAAAGGAAUCACACCUGCAGUGGGUCGGAUUGACAUAGUGGACACAGUCUCUAUGGGGAUUUACAAUUCCUGUGAGCAGAGCAGUUAUCAGUUCUAUGAUCUUGCAGACUGCUACGGCUUGAAAGAGACUGACAUUUAGAUGGCCACCAGUGAAUCUUUGAAUAACUUAAAGGGCCAUAUCAAACUUGUAUGACAGACUAUGAUUGGUCGUUACUUUUUGUGUUUACAAAACAUUUGAGAAUCAAAGUUGUGGACAGAAAAUGAUGGCUUGAACUCAGCACAAAUAGAACUCAAACUUUAUCUCCAUGUUAAUUCAGAUGUAACAAUUGUUGUAAACGCCUAAAAGCCACUUUUUGGAAGAGACGAGGAGUAGCAAACUUUUUGGAUUAGCUUUGACUGCUGUCACUUGGAAACACUGUGCAUCGACUGUGCACUCCAGGUCUUCAACUAUAGGACAUUUGAUUUAUCACUAUUUGAUGACUGCUUUGUUUGAUAUUCAGCUGAUUCUAAAAAAAUAAAUAAAAAUGCAAUUGUAAAAGAUUAAACACAAAUAUUUUUAAAGGAGUGAAAGAAGAGCAAUGCAAUUGUUAUUGUUGUCAGGAUGUCUGGAUUUAAUCAAAAAUAAUGUAUCAGAAUUAAUUGUCAUAUUUCAUCUGCCAUUUUUCUUUUUGACAAGGCAUUGUGAAUGACUAGAGUCCAGCAAACGAUAAAAAUGCUGCGCAGUAUUUAUUCCAAGUGGUUGAUUUAUAAGUUGACUUGGCAUUAAUAUAUACACUUGUGUGAAUAGAAACCCAUGUGUCGUCUUGUCCCUUUUGUCAUAUGCAUCAACAAGUGAAUGUGAAAUGAACAUCCUUUUUUGUAUUUUCUUUAUGUAAUGUUUGUAAAUAAAAAAGAGAGGACACAUGUUGUCUGUUGAAUUA